AUGGCCGUACAUAAAGCGAAAUCUGGCUGUACAGAGGCACAUCAUGACACUCCAAACCUACCACCGUAUCUGAGACUCGUCAGUCCGGGCGUGUGCACCUUGGCACUGCACGUCAAGCCCAACGCCAAGGACUCUGCCAUCAGCAGUGCAGAUGGCAAGCUGAACGUGUCCAUCCAUGCGGCUCCGCGGGAUGGCGAGGCCAACUCCGCCAUCACCCGGUACAUGGCAGAGGUCCUGGGUUUGCGAAAGGCGCAGGUCAGCCUCAUGGUGGGCUCCAAGUCGAGGGAAAAGGAGGUUCAGUGGGAGGCGCCGCCAGAGGGUUUCCUCCCCUGCGCAUGGACGCAGGAGACGGCGCCCGCACAGGCACCUGCUGCGGUGCAGAUCUCGUACCUGGCAGAGAUACAGCUGUACAAAGCCUACCAUGGGUGGCCGACGGAGGUAGCCCCAGAGGGGAAAAUGGCAGGGCCUGCAGAUGCAGGGGCUGCUACAGAGGCGUGCGCAGAGGACUCACCAGAGGCCAUGGACGGGCCGCCAGGCAGCGCCGAAGCGAUGCAGCAAAGUUUGAGUAACAGCAUGCGUGUUCCUGAUGCAAUGAGGCCACCUGAGACAGGGUCAGGGCCAUUUAAGGACCCGGCCUCGGCAAGCGGAGUGCAUGGAGCCGCGGCUGUCGAUGCUGGCCCUGCGCUGGCGGGCUGCAUGCUGAAUCUGAGCGGGGCGCCUUUCUCAAGCGGGGCGCAGGAAGGGCAAGGGGAGUCUGCGGCAGCAUCUGGAUCGGUGGAAGCCGGCACGACCUUGUCCAGUACGGCUGACGACCAGACAACAGCUCCAUCCAUCCCUGGGGCAGAGGCCAUGCAGGCUUCUUCGCCAGAUGCGCCAGGCCAUGAUGUAGACGCGGUGUGGCAGGCAGGUCAGGACCCUGACGCUGCAACGACUGCCCUCCACUCGCUGCCAGACCUUGGCGGCUCAGGGGCUCUGGAGCCGCUCAUUCAGCAGCUGGAGGAUCUGGAAAUGGUGCGGCCUCUUAUUGACAGCUCUCCAUAUGGUGCUGAGGCCGAAGAUGGCAGCGCCGCAGUGGGCGCAUCAGGGAUUGAACCUGUGGAGCCGGAAAGCGCUGCAGCAUCCCCUCCGGCCCCAAAGAGGCCAGCAAAGCAGCGGCAGGCCAGCCGCCGGCGGGGGCGAGACAAGACCGAGCGGCCCUGGUGGCUGCCCAAGGACGUCCCACUGGCCGCCAGCAAGUACUGGCUCCAGCGGUACAGCCUCUUCUCCAGGUUCGACGACGGCAUCCGUUUGGACCAGGAGGGCUGGUUCUCGGUGACCCCAGAGGUGGUCGCCCAGCACCAGGCACGGGUGGUCCCCCUGGGGUCGACCGCGUUGGACCCCUUUGCGGGGGUGGGCGGCAACGUUGUUGCCCUGGCCGAGGUGGCGGCCGCCGUGAUCGCCGUGGAGAUCGACGCGGGCAGGGUGGAGCUGCUGCGCCACAAUGUGGCCGUGUAUGGCCUGGAGGACCGGGUACGCUGCCUGCAAGGCGACUUCUUCCAGCUCGCCGAGGAGCUCAAGGCGGACUUCGUCUUCCUUUCCCCGCCUUGGGGCGGCCCCGAGUACAGCGCUCAGGCCGUGUAUGACGUGGAGCGCAUGGGCGGGCUGGGCCUGUCCCUGACAGGGUUGCUGGACCUGGCCUUCCAGGUCGUGGGCGCUCGGGGCGUGGUGGCCUUCCUGCCUCGCAACGCUGACCUGGCGCAGUGCGCGCGGUCCGCGGGGGGCCGGCCAUGCGUCGCGGAGCGCGUAGUGCUCAACGGCUACCUCAAGGGCACCACCAUGUACUACGGUGCCGCCGCGCUGCGCUGGCUGGAGCUCAGAGGGGCGGAGGAGGGGGAAGGGGCGGGGGAUGACAGGCCACCGGGCUGA